AUGCAAAAUUUCAAAAUGGAACUACGUGUUGGUAAUAAAUACCGUUUGGGUCGUAAGAUAGGCUCAGGAUCUUUCGGAGACAUUUAUUUAGGAACUGAUAUUGUGACUAAGAAGGAGGUAGCCAUUAAAUUAGAAUGCAAAAGAACAAGACAUCCACAGCUCCACAUAGAGAGUAAAUUUUAUAAACUUAUGCAAGGAGGUGUCGGUAUCCCUAAGAUAAAAUGGUGCGGCUCGGAGGGAGAUUACAAUGUGAUGGUUAUGGAGUUGCUUGGUCCAUCUCUAGAAGACCUAUUUAACUUUUGUUCCCGACGUUUUUCUCUCAAGACUGUUCUCAUCCUUGCUGAUCAACUCAUCACUCGCAUUGAGGACAUACAUUAUAGAAACUUUAUACAUAGAGAUAUUAAACCAGAUAACUUUUUAAUGGGUCUCGGUAAAAGGGGUAACAUAGUGUACAUAAUAGAUUUCGGGUUAGCAAAGAAGUACAAAGAUCCCCAUAAUAAUCAACACAUACCCUACAGAGAAAACAAGAAUUUGACUGGCACAGCUCGAUAUGCCUCAAUAAACACACACCUGGGUAUAGAACAGUCCCGUCGUGAUGAUCUGGAGUCCCUCGGCUAUGUGCUAAUGUACUUCAACAGAGGCAGCCUGCCCUGGCAGGGACUGAAGGCUGCUACCAAACGACAGAAGUACGAGAGGAUAUCUGAGAAGAAGCUCUCAACACCAUUCGAUGAAUUGUGCAAAAAUCACCCGAUCGAGUUCCAGCAGUAUUUGAAGUACUGCAGGCGACUUCGCUUCGAGGAGCGACCUGACUACGCCUACCUCAGACAGCUGUUCAGGAUGCUGUUCCACCGGCAGGGCUUCACAUACGACUUUGUUUACGACUGGAAUAUGCUCAAGUUUGGAGCACUGCCAGCCACGUGUCAGACAGGAGUAGCAGACCGCGCCAUACGAGCCGCCGCACACACCAAGAAACAAGAACCGGACACUACCACUGGCGCCGGAGCCGUGGGUCACCCGAGCACGGCAGUGGCUGCCAUAUGGGAGGGACGGCCGACACCGCGGACACGGAGACAGCCGUCCGGCGACACAGGCAGGUUCAGUGUUGAAAUAACUCUUAUAUACAAACUACUCACACUCCGUCAAUCCGUGCGUGUGUCGUGUCGUGUCGUCUCCCUCGCGGGGAGGGGAUGUCGGUUCAUCGAUAUUUUCGACACUCGUUUCUAUGACGACCUCGACUGUGUAAUAUCUAUAUGA